AUGAGCAGAAGCGUCAAAUUCCGGCGGCCCUCGCCCACCGGCCACUACGACCACCAACGGAGCGACUCCGGGUUCAGCGACAGUGAGAGCCGCACCUCAAAUGCCGACAACGACUACGACGCCCUGGGAUACGAGGACGCUGGGAUCUUCAGUAUCCGCCAGGCGCUGGACUCGGCCCGCAAGGAAGCCAAGCAAUAUCGGGGGCUCUAUGACGAAUCCAAAGCAAAUGUCGAGUCGCUCCGCAAGGAAGCCGAGUCGGCCAAGGCCCACGCCCGCGCGCUGGAGAACGAACUCGAGAACAAAGAUAACACCAUCGACACCCUGACCAGGACCAACAAGGAUCUUAUUGAGGAGAACAAGGAGCAUGACGAGGCCAUUCGCCUGCUACAAGAGAGCUUAAAGGAAGCAACGGACUUCAGCCGCAAGGGUAGCGGUGGCUCUUCUCCUUCCGAAUCCAGCGCCACCGCAGCCGAGUCCGCCGACGAGAAGAAAGUUCGCCGCAGCGCCAGCAAACGGCGCAAGGACUCGGCCGAGAAAGCAGACAGGGAGAAAGAGAAGGAGAAGGAGCGCGGCCGGGACCGUGGGCCGAAAGAAAAGGAACGUGAUCGCGAGCGACGCAAGGAGAAGGAGCGCGCCGCUGCGCAGGUGGCCCAAGAGGAGACGGAGCGCCUUCGCAAGCGCUUCAAUGCCCGCGACGAUGAGAUUGACGCCAAGAGCAACGGCACCUCCAAAAGCCUACGGGCCCGUCACGACAGCACCUACGUCGAGUCACUCGGCCCCUCUUUGCCGCGGCCAUCAGCUCAAGGGGCUGCCCCUUCCCCAUCACGGCAAUACGCGCAAACAGCGUACGCAAAGACUCAGACUUAUCCAUCAUACCCAGCACCAAGCGUGCGGUCGGGGCACCCUACGGUUUUCGUCCCCGGCGAAUAUCCCUCCUACAACACGGCCGAAGAUGAGGACGCGACCUAUCCCCAUUCUCGAUCUACCCGACACCCGAGGUAA